AUGUUCCUCCGAUUGACAGCCGCCGUUGCCCUCAUUUCAUUGGUGUUCGCUCAGGACAAUUGCUUCAUCAAUGACUCCGGCUUCACAUGCUGCGACAAGGGCCUCGAGAGUGCCAUGUUGGGCUCUAUGGGAGGCGGCGAUCUUUUGGGCGCGGCCGACAGCAUUCAGUCAGCUGCUGAAGGCGGUUUGGGAGGAAAAUUCGAGACAGUCGUCGCUUUGGACGAUUUCGCAUACAAAUCACAUUUCAAGGAGGGGAAAACGUGCAAGGUCGAGAAGAACGGACAGUACGCUCUCGCUUGGCAACCA